AUGAUCAAGGUCAAUGUGCCUGGCAUCAACUUCCUGAAGCUGCUAAAGCUGUCAUACUUGGUGGUUCCAACAAACCUUUGCCGGACUUCUGAAAUGAAUGAAGAGCCCAUACAUGACAAACUUUUAGCUCAUGUCACCAAGCACUCUUCCCUACAGCCUGGGGAGCUACAACGUGUCAUGUCAGACAAGUUAGCUUUGGUUCCUGCAACGAAACAUCGCAAAGGCAAACAAGAAGCCAAAAAUCACAAGAUCGUCAUAGAUGGGGUACGGUACAAAGCUUGUGCAACAACUAUUACAUACUCCGUCCUCCGUGUUAGCACUCGCAAGAAUUUGGCUCUAGUUGAUCGAGGUGCAAAUGGUGGAAUCGCAGGUGAUGAUGUCCGCAUCAUUGUCAAAACCAACGUUCUGUUGAUGUGCAAGGCAUUGACAAUCAUCAAGUGA